AUGGCUUUCACCCUUGCUGAUUCCUCGCGAUUUGCCUCCUACACAAGAGCCGGGGAAGCUGCUGCAUCACAGCGAGUUCAAGGAGCAGCUCACCUGUGUUUCCUUCGCAAGCGCGUACUGCGUCAAGCUCCCCCUUUAGAUGUGAUCGCAAUUGCUGUUUUAGAGCUUUGUGCUUUGUUUGUGGAAGACCCCUAUGUGAAAGGGUGCGCAUGCCUAUGUCUUUUUGCACUCUACGGUCGCUUGCGUGCAAGCGAUUGCAACCGUGUGAGCCAUGGAAGAGUUAUCGGCAAUUAUUUUGAAGGUUGUUUGUGCCGUAUCAAGACUGCUCGCACUUUGGAAAAGCAGACGCGUUUCUUGCCAGUCAUAAUUCCUGUCAAAGGAAUCAUGGGCGUUGAUUGGUUUUCUCAGUUUGUGAACGCGCGUGAUGCCUUGGGUCUGGACGCAAUUCCUGACGAACCUCCUGUGACUACUGAUAAUGAUUUCGUUCUUUUUCCCUCUCAAUCCACCGUGCUAGCUUCGGAGCAGGAACGCAUUGGAUCUGCUGAGAUGACAGAGCGUCUAGGGGAGUGCCUUGCGAAGCUGCUGCCAACUGAGGCUUUUCAACAUUACACGUCGCACAGUUUGAAAUGCACAUUGCUGACAUAUACAAACAUUUUUGGACUUACCUUGGAACAAAACGAAUUGUUGGGCUAUCAUGUGGUGAAGGGGCAUGCAUCCGCGCUCAAUUAUUCGCGGGAUGCGCUGGCAAGCCCGAUCAGAGCCAUGGCCACCAUGUUGGGAAGCGUAAAGAGGGGACUGUUUGUCCCUUUCGCAGCCAGAGAUGAACAAUUUGUUUCUGCUGCCUCAGCGAUCAGUGUUCGCCAACAAUUUGAGAAAAGCCUAGGCAUUACAGUUGAAACAGCGGCCAGAUCCAUAGCUGGCGUAGCGCAGGGCAGAGGUCCUGAGGCUUUGGACCAUGAGAGUUUCUGUGCUAACUUGGAAACUUUAGCCGCGGGUAUCGAACAGGAUCUAGACAAGCCUUGUCAUGAAGCAGACACCUAUCCUGUUCCUGAAAGUUCGGAUGAUGAAGACGACAGUGACUCUUCAAGUGAUUCUGGCAGCACCUCUGCAGAGAGUGGCAUGGCAGUAGUGGACCGCGAGCUGGCGGCCGAUCGCUAUGCAAAUGUCAACGUGAAUGCAGCCGCAACGAUCUCUGGGAAGUCCAGAGCAGAGCUCAACAGUUGUGGAUCGAGCGCGAAGUUGAAGACUAAGAUGUUAGACUCUGUGGCAGUCUUCAAAAAUCGAGCCCUGGAGAUUGGCCUAGAUGAAGCCACUCUCGCGAGGCUGGAUGUGCUGGGAUGGAACACCUUUGGCAAACUUGCAUUCGCAAGUAGCUACCGUCCUGGUCAAGUGGACGAGUCUCCUUUAAUCACCCUUGCCGAACAGAUCACAGAAGUCAGUCCUCCGCCUUUGACUCAGUUGCCUCUCAUACGUCGGCUUGUGUUUGAAUCCUACACAUUAGCAGCCUCCGACCUCAAAAUGAGAUCUGAAAGGCGGGAGGAUGAUACACCUCGAAGGCUGGCUCAGGCAGAGCGUGCAGCAAGGCACGAUUCGCAGGUCAGCCACCUGAGGGGAUUAGAACUGACAGGUGAAAUGGAGCCGUCUCACCUACUCAUUGAUUUGGUUUUCCAGAUGAGUGAGGACAACCAAUUGAGAUAUGUGAGGUGGGAUCAAUGCACAAAGAGAGAUCAAGAGCUCAUGGGAUUGAAAUCUGACCCCACAUGGAAGCCCGACAGUGGGGGCAUAGUUCGCGAAGUCCGAGUUCAAGAAGAAGUCAAAGCCGACAUCUCCUCCGACCUCAAGCUCAAAUACGCGCUUCAGCGGAGGAGCCUAGCUUUUGACCAGGCUAGGUUAGUAGACUUUGACAAGUUUGAGCGAUGGUCACAAGUGCUCCUUGAAGCAUACACAGCAAGCCCCCCUGCUGGGUACAACAAAGUUUCGAUCGAACAGGUGCACCAUGCCGACAUGGAGCUUUUCAAAUUUCUGAUGAAGGAGACGAGGAACGGCAUUCGACCUAUUGGCACCUCAGUGCCGUUGGAAGACGCACUCGCCAAAGCUAUGUCGGCGCCUGAAAUUCGACUGCACUUGCAGCCUCUUCAGGGAAGCUCUUCCGUGAAAAGGAAAGCUGAGGCAGAAGAGAACUUGGACAAUGAGAAGAAGAAGAAGCAAAAUCAGUCCUCUGGGGAAGAAAAACUUCGGAGGCAGAUUCAGAACCUCGAAGGACAGUUGAAAAACAUGAGAAAAGGAAAGGGCAAAGGCAAGGGGCAAGGCGCACGGAGCUCCAGUUCUAUCAAAAUGCCACAGGAGCUGCUGGGGCAAACAGCAGUCACCGCGGCAAACGAGCCGCUGUGCUUCAGUUACAAUUGCAAUGGGUGCAGUAAGGCUGCCGCAGGACAGCGCUGCGCAAAGGGGUGGCAUUUGUGCACCAAGAAGCAUCCCGAAUGCGUUGCGGGAAGCCCCAUCUCUUCAGUUUACACCAUAGAAUUAUGUGCAGGAUCAGCUCGAUUGUCAUAUUCUUUGGCAGCCUUAGGCUUCAAAGCCGUGGCAGUCGACCAUGUCAAAAGGAGACACCAGUUUCAUGCAUGUAUCAGCGUUGACCUCUCUAAUGAAGAAGGAUACCAGUUUGUGUAUGACCUUCUGAAGACUGGGGCUGUGCUGUACCUUCACUGCGCGCCACCGGACAGCACGGUGAAAAAUGCCAAGGAGAAGAAGUUGCCCAAGAAGGCGCGCCAGCAUGGCGCUCGUGCACCUAAACCGCUGCGCAGCUCUGCAUACCCACAUGGCCUGCCGGGGCUAAGCGGAUGCGACAAGCUGCGUGUGACAAAAGCCAAUCAAAUUUUUUCCACCAUUGCGGCGCUGGUUCGGGUGGCACUUCAACAUGGCACUGCCGUCACGGUGGAGAACCUCAAGAAAUCUUUUUUGUGGUCCACCACUUACUUCAAAUCCCUCAUUGACGAAGGUCUCCUGCAUGAGGUCUCUUUUCAGAAAUGCAUGCGGGGCGGCAAAAGGGAUCAAUGGUCUUCGUGGUACGCCUCCGUGUCCGAUUUGGACAUUCUGGAGGCCACAUGCGAUGGAAAUCACGACCACCUGAAGUGGAACGUGACAGAAGUUCCUAAUACUUGGAGGUGUGCACCUGCUGAUGCGUAUCCCUCUGUACUUUGUGACAAAGUUGCAAGUAUCGUGCGCAACAUGGCCCGUAACUGCAACGUGCAAGAUGUCAGUGUUGGACCAGGCCUCAAACAAGCCAAAACUGUGCCAGUCAUAAUGGCAGCUGCGGGUAAGCAGCCCCGCGGUGAUCGGUUCCCAAGCCUCAUUACAGAGUUUGCCUACACUAUUUGGAAAACUGUAGCUGGCACCUUUUUGGUCACCAAGGAUAAGAAACUCACACGCGACCAAUGCGAAGCUCUCAACAUACCAUUCCCUGCCAAGUUCCUCCAGGAGAAAAGGGGUGUGGCCAAUGGAGUAACUGUAGAUGCAAUGCGGGAAAUUGAAGUAGGCGUUUGGAGGAAGCCGGAGCAAUUUGUGGACAGAGCGUUGCAAAUUGGGCAUCCUUUUGAUGACUCCUCCGGAGUGGACGACGACACCAAAGUCAAUAUUUUCAAACUAUUGACAGAAGGUGUUCUGGCAAGGCAGCAACGAACUGACGUUCUGCUUGACUACUAUGAACAACGAGCAGAAGUUUUGCAACAUGAUGAGUCCCUCCUUCAUGACCAGUUGGAUCAUGCCAGAAGUCAAAUUGUUGACGGCAAGAGGUUUUUGUUGUUUGAAGAAAUGUGCAGAGAUGUGGGAAUCAUUGGUGAAGAUCUGCGCCUUUUACAGCUACGAGGUGUGCCUCUGACAGGCGUUGAUGGGCCUACUCAAUUGUUCAGGCCAGAGCCCUUGAAACCUGCCUUGACAGAGCGGCAGCUUAUGAAAUCCUCAAAGUGGUCGCGAAAGAUGAUCAUGAAGAAGACAGCAGAGAGCCCAGACCCAGAUGUUAGAUCUGCAGUCUGGAAAAUAACUAUGGAGGAGGUGGAGCGUGGCUGGCUACAAGGCCCUUUUGAUGAGUCCCAAGUGAGGAACAUGCUAGGUCCUUUGUUUGUUUGCUCCAAAAGGUUCGGCUUAGUCCAGACCGACAAGGUUCGGCAGAUCGACAACAUGUCAGAAAGCCUGGUGAAUGCUGCGUAUGGUUCCAGUUACAAGCUUGAUUUGGAGGGAGUGGAUGGCAUUAGCGUUUUGGCUCGCACCUUUGUGGAAGCCACUAGUGAUGAUGGUGUCGUUUCGGUUACCUUGAAGGAUGGUAGCAGGCUUGUUGGUCAACUGCACGGCGACUUUACGGUGGAGUCGGCUAGAUCAAUAGGUGGCAGGACUCUUGAUCUCGAUGCCGCAUACAAGCAAGUACUGGUUGCUAAGUCGUCUUUGUGGUGCAAUGUACUGGCGGUGGAAGACGAGCAUGGGGAACGACGACUGUUCGUGUCUCAAGUUUUGCCGUUUGGCGCGUCUGCCAGCGUAUUUGGGUUCAACAAAAUAGCACGAGCUAUCAGGAGGGUCGGCACUUCCCUGUUUGGGCUUGUAUGGAACAACUACUAUGAUGAUUUUCCUCAAAUAGAUGUUUUAGCUGACAACGACUGGGCGCAACGCACUGCUGAGAGAUUUCUGACGUUAAUUGGCUGGCGUUUUUCAAGGAAGGACAGCAAGCGCUUGGGUCUGGCCGUCACUUUCUACGCACUGGGAGUGAAAUUUGAUUUUAGCCGUGCCAGUUUUGGAGUUGUCAAGGUGGCCAACAAAACUUCUAGAGUCGAGCAGCUGGUGUCGGACAUUCGAAAGUUUCGGC